GAAUAACAUCGUACGAAGGAAUAAACGAGACACAGCGGAAUAAAGAGAUGAGAAACAACAAGGAAACGAGAGAAAAAGUAAGUGAAAGCAGGAAAGUCCACGAUCUAAGAGAGAGAGAAAACAGGAUAAGGAAGGAAAAAGGGAAGCCAGAGGGAAAAGCGAAACAGCGAGCAGAAACAGACAUGAUCCGCAAUACUGAAAGUACAGAGCAACAUAUAAGUGAACAAGGAAUACGGAGGAAAGACAAGCAUCAGUCAAAACGAAAGAGGCAGGAGCCAAAGAAAGAAAGAGAA